AUUUGAACAAACAUCAAACAUCAUUUACUGCCCCUUAGAUAGAUAGACACCACAAAAAUAAACAUCCAAUACAGCACAUUUUCCCACAGAUCCAUAUCACAUAAUAGCUCCCAACACAUGACAGAUACAGUGGUGUUUUUUAAAGAGAUUUCCAGGCCAGGGAUGUGUAUCUGCAGGCCAGAUGGGAGCAGUAUAAAGGAUGAUGUCCUUGGCAGUAACAUAGUAAGAAAAUUAUGAAUUUAAAGAGUUAAUUCAUCUCCACAUGCCCGACCCUGAACCAGCACCUGACCCCACUACCACCACCAACAGACAAAUGUGCAAGGAUGCUGUGGUUUGUGUGCCUGUUACCAUAACAGCCAGUUUAAUAGGCCUGCCACAGAGUCACCUAAUUGUUCUGGGCUUUUCUCACUGCUGCUGGAGAGAGACAGUUUAAGAGUCUGAGAGACAAAACAUUUGAACAAAGUUUGGAUCUUAUUCUUUAGAAACUUUUUUGAGAGAUGUUUGGACGAUAUCAGAGAAGAUUCACAAACAAACGUUGGAAUGUGGAAAGAGAAGAAGACAGUAAAAUUAGAAAAACAUGAACCAGAGACAUGUCCGAUGAUCGUGAUGAAAUCACAGCCCAGGAUGAGAGAUGUGAAGUCAAAGGAGAAGAUUAAAGUUACCACAACAAACAGCAAACGUCUCACUACUACAUGUGAGACAUCAGGGAAUAUAAUGAGGCUUCGUGUCAACCUGAUGCCUGUUUUGGCUGCAACCAAGGAGCCUGUGGAGGAAGAGGAGUGGGAAGAAGUGGAAAACAUCUGGACGAGUAAAAAGAAACCAGAAACCAGACUGAAAAAUGAGCCGACUGACUGUAAAUCAGUGGAGCAAACAUUUGAUUCCUUCAAAGGAUUAAAUUUGGACACCAAACAAGCACUAAAUCCUCAGCCGGUGCUGCCAUCUAUAACUCAACCUAAACCAGCUGCUGAGUGUCAGGUCACCAAGAGGUGCCACACACCUCUACCUCCUAUCAGUUUAACUGAGCAGAACGUGAGCAUCUCUUCAGACUUUACAAUAAAAGACUGCAGCAGUGAUGUGUUAGAUACAGGACAAGGAGCAGACAGCAGGCCCUGGAUAGACAACCCCCUGUUCUCUAAAAGUAGAUCUGCUGAGUUUCGUCUUCCUGACAUCUCCUUGUCCAGUCUGGAUGCUCUGUUGCAGACUGUCACACAGAAAUUGGGGAGGAAGAGGAGAGGUGGAGACGAAGGACCAUGGAGAGGUGUCCAGUCUGAUCAUCUCCUCACGACUGUUGGUGAACAACAUGUCAGGCAGCAGAUCGGUCGCUGCACAGAUGCUCGAAACCUGGCCAACAUUGAAGCACAAACAAAAACAUCAGUGGGUGGAUGUGGCGUAAACAGACGGCGGCGCCUCACUCCGGUUUUUCCUCCAUCCAGACCAACGCUCACCCUCACUAUGACGAAGAAAGAUCCCCUGACGUCCAACACACUGCGGUGAUUCAUCUAAAUCAACAAACUGGACUCGUACAUACAACAUACAGCACAGUGUUUGUAAAAAUUAAACAGGAAACCAUAAAGUUUUAUUUUCCUUAAGGACAAAACAUUUACAACAGACAUGUACCCGUUUUUUUCUCUAUACUAGCAUAUUUUCAGUAUAUAAGAUACAUUUUAUAGUAGGUGCACAGAUAAAUUAAUGUUCAAGUAGAUCUUUUCAAGCAUAAUUAAAGUACAUUCAGUAGGACAGACUUUCAUUUCAGAAUGGGACGUCAACUGUUUAAACCAGCUUAAUGUUCAGGUUCAUGUAACGUUUUUUAACAUUUUAUUUUAAUACAACACUUUACACAUUUUGGAAUGAAACCCUUCAGAUACUUUGUUUGUCUCAUGCCUAUAGUUACUAUUGUAACAAUCUUUUGAAUAUGUAACACUGCAUUAUAGUGCAGCCUGCUUUGGACAUUCAGUCAGCUGUGUCAUGGUGUCAUGUCUCAUGUCAGACUGAAUGCUACUAUUUUUUUAAUUGUAGUUAAUUGAAUUUGGAGUGUUUUGUACCAGAGUUUGUAGACACACCUGUGUGCCUGAACUGUAUCAAUAAUUUAACAUGUAAAUAAUAUUUAACAUAUUGAACAAUAUGAAAAUAUUUUAUUAGGUUUCCAGAUGUUGCGAUAAGCUGUGCGGGUCUAGAUGACUUCCUCUAUGACAGUGAAUACCAGGCAGAAGUAAAGAAAAAUACCCUCUGUUUGGAUAGUCACACUGUUACACAA